AUGAAAGAACAGCAGGAGAUUUGGACAAAGAGGAGAGAGGAGAGAGAUCGAGGCGGGGACAAUGGUGUCAGUGAGGAGGGUGCGGUCAGCAAGCAGGCGUAUGAGUGGGAGGAAGACGUUGUGGAGUUUGUAGAAGGCAAGGAGUGCCGGCGUGAGGUUUUAGACCGCGAGAUGGAUGGGUUUAUGGGACGGGUAGGGUGUGAAGUAGGUGAAGAAGAGCGUUGCGAUGUGUGUAGGGAGCGUGCAUUGCGGAUGGAAGCACAAGUAUCAAGGAGAGGUACAUCAUGGGUCAGCAUACAGAGUGAAGAGGAAGAGGAGUUGGCGAGGGCAGCAGCAGCAGUUGAGGCAGAUUAUGAGAGGAGCAAAAGGUCAAUUCAGUGGGCAGAGAUGGAGCAGGUAGCACGGGUAAUGAAGGAAGCAGAGGACGCGGCAGAUUUCGAGGCGGAGUUAGACGAUUGGAGCGGGCGUUGCAUUGUAUGCAAAGUGGGAGGGAGCGAGGACGAGGUUUAG